UCAAACUUUUGACACUGAUGACACCUAUGUUGUCUGUCGUCAAUUCUGAGAGAUUUGUCACGUCGGAGAACACGUAGCCUGAAGCUUGUAAUUUGUUUGAGUUACUGGAAAAUAUUAUGUUGAAGGCGGUGAUUUUGGUAGGAGGAUCGCAGAAGGGCACCCGGUUCAGGCCGUUGUCCUUGGACGUCCCGAAGCCUUUGUUCCCGGUCGCCGGCCGGCCCAUCAUCCAACACCACAUCGAGGCAUGCGUCCGGCUAAAGGAGCUCAAGGAAAUCCUUAUAAUUGGAUACUAUGCCCAGUCCGAAAUGGAGCAAUUCGUUAAUGACAUGCAAAGCCUGUAUAAUGUGAACAUAAGGUACCUUCAAGAAUUCACACCCCUCGGAACAGCUGGUGGAAUGUAUCACUUCCGUGAUCAGAUCAGCAUUGGCAAUCCCAAAGCCUUUUUCAUUUUAAACGGUGAUGUUUGUGCCGAUUUUCCAUUGCAAGCUCUACACGACUAUCAUAUGAGUCGUGAAGGAAAAGCAAUGAUUACAAUUAUGAGCACGGAAGCGACACGACAGCAAGCUGUUCACUAUGGUUGCCUUGUGUUUGAUAAGGAUAACGGGUCCGUUUCGCAUUAUGUGGAGAAACCAAGUUCAUAUGUAUCAACAUUCAUCAAUUGUGGAGUGUACGUUUGUUCGACGGAAGUUUUCAAUUUGAUGUCGUCGAUUUUCCAUUCGCGACAGUUGGAGUACCAUGGAUUUGGUAAUGGACAUAAUGGACGCGAUCAGGGUCAUAUUCAAUGGGAACAGGAGGUCUUGACGCCACUUGCUGGGACUGGCAAAUUAUUUGCUUUACCUGUCAACAACUGGUGGUCGCAAAUAAAAACUGCAGGGUCUGCCAUUUACGCCAAUCGUCACUAUUUAGAACUUUACAGAAAAACCCAUCCGGAGCGACUGGCCAAUGCUGGAACCAAAGAGAUCGGAGAUGGCGAUGGAAGCUUAAUUUGCACUAUAUAUCCCGAUGUAUAUAUCCAUCCGACAGCAUCCGUUCACCCUACUGCUCACUUAGGACCGAAUGUCUCCAUUGGCCCGGGGGUCUCGAUUGGACCAGGCGUGCGAAUUCGCGAAUCCAUCAUUCUAGAGAAUGCCGUCAUCAAAGACCACACUUUGAUUUUGCAUAGCAUAGUCGGUCGUGGUUCAAAUAUUGGUUGUUGGGCUCGAGUGGAGGGCACGCCCAGUGACCCUGAUCCAAAUAAGCCAUUUGCUAAAAUGGAUAAUCCUCCAUUGUUCAAUAAGGAAGGGAAACUUAAUCCAUCAAUAACUAUUUUAGGAUGUUUCGUUAAUGUUCCGUCGGAGAAAAUUCUGUUGAAUUCUAUCGUCUUGCCACAUAAAGAGCUAAGCCGGAAUUUUAAAAAUGAAAUUAUUUUGUAAUUCGAAUAUUUGUUCGAAUCAUCACAAAUGUCGUUUAUAAAUCCAAAGAUUUGUGUUACGUUUAAUGAGCAACGAAUAUAAUUUUGUAGUUUUUAUGCUUAAUAAACUUUAUCCAAAAUAAAACGCUUUUUCAAGGAAA